UUUUUUUCCUAUUGUUUUCUUUCUCUUCUUUCUUAAAAAAAAAAAGAAAAAGAAAAGACUAUGGAUAAUACAAUAGAUAUACAUGAGGAUUCGGGCCGUUAUUUACAAGAAUAUAUUCAAAGUUUAGAAAAUCUUCCUAGUGAAAUACAAUAUCAUUGGGCUGAGAUAAGAAAUAGAUAUGAUCAAGCAAAAGCACCUGAAAGACGUAUUAGAAGUGGUCAACAUGAUCUCGCCAAGAUUCAUAAACAAUGGUUUACACAAGAAAUAGAUAAACGAGAAAAAUUAUUAAAAUCUCAACCUAUUUUAAUACAACGAAUAAAGAACGAUUAUAAUAAACUAGAAGAUCUUGCCAACGAAAGAGUAUCUUUAGCAGAAGAAGCUCUUAAAUUAGUAGAUCGUCAUUUAAUUCGACUUCAACAAGAUCUUGAUAAACAUGAUCGUGAACAUCCUGAACUUGCACCUGUAAAUACUUUACCGACGCGUAGUUAUACAAUAGCACAUGGAAGAAGACAAUUUGAUCUAGAUUUAGAUGAAGAAGAUGAGGAAGAAGAAGAAGAAGAACUAGAUGAUGAGUCUUCAGUCAAAUCAGGACUAGAUAAAAACCGAGAUAAAUCACAAACAUAUCACAUAAAAAAGUUAAAAGAAGAAGAAGAAGAUAAUUUAUUAGUGUUUGAUCCUGAUUAUUAUGAAACCAUGUUAGCUAAUAGACAUCAAAAGAAAAAGAAAAAGGAGGCAAGAGAAGCGACAGAUAAAGAAGAACCUUUAUAUUGUUAUUGUCAACAGGUGUCUUAUGGUGAAAUGGUUGCGUGUGAUGGGGAGCAUUGCCCUUAUGAAUGGUUUCAUAUGGAAUGUGUUGGAGUAGAAGAACCACCAAAAGGUGCUUGGUUCUGUGAACAUUGUUCAGCUGAAUUACGUAAUCAUAAACGUAAAACUUCAAAUAAUAAUCAUCAUCCUUUAUUAAAUACAAAGAAAAUGAAGCGUAGAAAGGAAUCUUCUGCUUGAUUUCUUUCUUUCUUUCUUUCUUUCAAAAAAAAAAAAAAAAAAAAA